AUGGCGCUCCGCCGUCCCUUGUCUCGCCCGCGCCGGCAACCAGCCGUAGGUCGCCACUCCGUCGCCGCUCCUCCUCCUCGUGACCCGCAGCGCCAGCGAACCUCGCCGCCGGCGACCAGCUCCCCCAGGCCGGUCUCGCCUCCCUUCUCCUCCAUGCGCUGCCCCACCGGAGCUCCUUCGCCCGAGCACCAAUGGAGAGGGCCUCCCGAGUCCUCCUCGCACCGUGCCAGUGAACCCGCCGACGACCUCGACCUUCAGGCCACCCCGUCGCACCCCUGCCUCCUCGACCUCCUGACUCCCUCACGCCGAAGCCGCACGGGAGACGAGCUCCCCGCAGCAGCGCCCGACCCCACGCUCGUCUCUUCGCCUGGACGGCCGCCUCGUCUGCAUCUACCUCGCCGGCGAGCAGCCCGCUAG